CAAUCGUUGUACGCACGUUGUACCCCCGCCUCGUGUUAGUUCCCUGGGCCUGGGCAGGGCACCGCUAUAAAAGCAUACCGCGUCGCCCCUCGGAUAGGUAGUGUUUUCCCGUGUACUGCACAAGAAAAAUCGCCUACGAUGAAGUUUGUCAUUGUUCUGUUCGCCGCUAUGGCCGUCGCCAGUGCCUAUCCCGGAUAUUAUCAUGCGCCGGUGUCACAUCCGUGGUCGGCGCCGGCAGCUUGGCCAGCAGCCGCACCAGUGUACGUACCAGCUGCACCUUCGUACGUUAAAGUUGCUUCUGCACCAAUAGUCAAGGUACACGCUCCGGAAGUGCAUCAAGUGCUCCAGGUCCCUCAGCAACCCUCGAUUCCGCCCCCACACCCUCAGCCCUUGAACAUUAAGAUUCCACACGUGUCAGCCGUGAAGAUCCCGUACCACGGACCCAAGAUCGUACAUCCACACCUGAUCGGCGUCGAGUCCCACUACGAGGAGCCCCAGGUCAAAGUGGUGAAGGUUCCCAUCUCGCAUCAUCCCUGGGAUUAAUGUUCCGCGCCGGCACCAACUCGAACUCGCUGGUCCAGGGUGAUCCAUCCUGGACGAGCCGUCCUGAGGUGCAUCCGGAGUAGCGACGCUUUGCAAACAACGAUAACCACGGCCAACAUCGAAAUUCUCCCGGCGGGAAAGAAGCUCGAGACGAUAUACAUUCGAAGCACAUUCACUGUGACCCCCCACGUCGACGUUGGUAGUCGACGACCGUACAACGCCGAACAGCGCCUCAGCGCCCGAGUUCUUCGUUCUACGGCUACCUCUCGCUGGCUCUGCCAACGCCGAUCGACGUUCCACGUUCCCUCGUUCGGAACCGGAAGUCGGAAGCCGAGUCGGAAGGUUAAUCAGUAUUAAUUGUCCAACGUACGAUCGAACGUGGAAUCACGGACGAAGAACGUCGAGACACGUUGCUCUCGUUCGACACACGCCCUCAGGAUCAUCGGCGAGCGUUUUGGACCACCCGAGGACCUCAGACCAGGCAGCACUCUAUCUUUGAAAAGAAAAAGUUAUUUCUCCGUUUCCGUUUCUUCUCUCGCAGAGUAACCAAGCACGCGAUUACCUGCGAACCAUCAAGUACACGAUUACACAGGCGCAGACCACUCCCUUCCAGACUCACUUCCCGUUAACUCUACCUUCUUACAUUUUACUCUUGCGUAAAAUUUCUCCACACCGUUGAAAUUACAUUGUGCGGCAUGUGAUAUUGAAGAGGACAUCGGACAGGCCUUCACUGUAUAUUUUCUUCUCUUCUUUCCGUCUACCACCCACCCCUUACCCUCACCGUACUCUUGCAACAACAACACUUUUAUU